AUGUUCAAUGAAGAGCCUAUCAUUGAUGAUAGUGAAGAUGAAGAAGAGUUGGAUGAAGACGAGCUUAAAAAGAGAAAGGCUCGUGAAGCUGAUUUGGAUGAGCACAAACGGAUCAUUCGAGAAGCUAAACAAAAAGAAAGGGUUGAGAAGGAAGCUCAGGGCACUCUUCAGAGCAAAAAGCUCUUGUUUCCCAAGUGGACCUUGAAGCGAAUCCAACAUGAUGUUGUUGAUUUACCCAGCCAGUAUUGGUUAGAGCCAGUUGUGUCGUUUAAUCUUCAAACCACACAAAAUUCGCAACUGGAUCUACCAAUCACUCCACAGGCCUUUAGGUUUCACGCUUUUGUGAAAAUUAUGAAAGCUACAAUCACAGACAGCGAUGUUGAUCAUAUGCUAAUCUCCUUUUAUCUUAAGCACAUGAAGCCAUAA